AUGGCGGAGCUGGCCAGUACCGAGCCUGGCGCUAUGGACGCGAUGAUAGACGAGACGUCAGCCCCAAAUGACUCCUCUCACCAAGACCGUGGGAUCGCCGAUGACACCACGGGCGACCAUGCCGAAAGCCCGGCUUCUUCUCACGAGCAGCCCACUCCGGGCUUAGAGAGCAGCAGCCAGCCCACGAUGAACCUGGAGCCUACAGACGUCGAUACCGAAGGCCGAAUUGACCGGUGCGGCUCUCCCAAGAACCCGGCUUCCGCUGACGGAGAACCCACGAUGAACCAAGAGCCUACAGACGUCGAUACCAGAGGCCAAAUUGACCAGCAUGAUCUUCCCAAGAACCCGGAUUCCGCUCACGGAGAAUCCACAAUGAAGCUGGAUUCUACAGACGCCGGUGCCGAAGAUCACAUUGACCAGCGCGAUCCUCCCAAGAGCCCGGCUUCCGCUCACAGAGAGCCCACGAUGAACAAUGACCCUGCAGGCGUCAACCAAAGCGGCUUGUCGCGGCCAGAGCCUCAGGACAAGCGCAACAUUCUGUCUGACAUAUGCAGCGAGAAUUCACUUGAAGUCUUGGAGAGGAGUGCUGAGGUCGGCGUGGCCUUGCUCAAAGAUCUGAGGAGGCACAUUGCUGACAUCGACACUGAGCCCGGUCGAGAGUACCUCCAAUCGGUCGACAAACUUUCUCAAUCUGCCCAGAAGACUCGCUUCGUUGUCGGCAUCGUCGGAAGUACAGGCGCGGGCAAGAGUUCGGUCCUAAACGCGAUCCUCGAUGAAGAGCGCCUGCUCCCCACCAACUGCCUCAGGGCCUGUACUGCUUCCCCGACCGAAGUUUCCUACAACCAUUCACAGAACCCGGUCCAGCGGUACCGAGCCGAGGUCGAGUUCAUCUCAGCUCAUUCCUGGACCAAGGAGCUUCGGACUCUCUAUGGAGAUGUCCUUGAUGGCGAUGGCAACAUUGCCGAUACCCUGGAUGGCGAGGCAAAAGUUGCAUUUGCAAAGCUUCACGCUGUCUACCCAGAAAAGACCAAGGCCGAUCUUGCUCGAUGUAAGCCGGGGAAUCUGGCAUCUGAGCGGCCGGUCCGUGACAUCUUGGGGACAAUGAGGUCUUUUGGCGGUGCCAGCGCGGAGGAACUGUAUGACCAGAUUCGGUUGUACGUCGAUUCGAAGGAGAAAUCCGGGGCUAAGAGAGGCAAGAAAGCAGCCCCCCAGCAUGCGGCACCUGCGAUGGAAUUCUGGCCUUUGGUCAAGGUCGUCCGGAUCUUCACAAAGGCUUCCGUUUUGGAGACUGGCACAGUCCUUGUGGACCUGCCUGGCACCCAAGAUUCGAAUGCUGCUCGCGCAGCAGUCGCCGAGCGCUACAUGAAAGAGUGCAGUGCUCUUUGGAUCCUCGCGCCCAUCACCCGUGCAGUCGACGAUAAAUCUGCGCGGAACCUUUUAGGCCGGGCGUUCCGUCGCCAGCUCAAGUUUGAUGGCACUUACAACGCCGUCACCUUCGUUUGCUCCAAGACCGAUGACAUCUCGAUUUCGGAAGCUGUCGAAAGCCUUGACCUCCACGAACAGAUGGCUGCGGCAUCUUGUCUCAAGAAUGAGCUCGAGAUUGAGUUGCAGACAGCCAACGACAAUUUCGGCAUCAAAAAUGGCGACAGAGAUAGUCUCGAUGAGAAGUCGGAGGAGCUUGACGAAGAGAUUGAAACAUGGGAGAAUCUGGCUGAGCAGAGCUCUCACGGCCAAAAGGUAUACGCCCCUGCGUCUCGCAAGAGGAAGCGCGCGGUGGAACCAUCACGCGCACGCAAGAAGUUCGCUUCACUCGACAGCGGCGAUGAGGGUUCGGAUUCCAACGCUGGGGACGACCUCGAGGAUGAGCGUCAGGGGAACAAGCCUCUAGAUGGGCGUCAGAUCGCGGAGAAACUCUCCUCACUGAAGUUGCAGUCCAAGGACUUUAGGGCUUCCAGAAAGAGGCUGACCGUCGAGAUCCAUGAACUGAACACCAAAAUCAAUGACCUCACCGCUCGCCUGAAAAACUUCGACAUGGAGGAGAUGGCUGCAUGCAUCAAGGGAAGAAAUGAUUAUGCCAGAGAUGCGAUCCAGGAGGACUUUGCCGAAGGCAUCAAGGAACUGGACCAAGAGGCGAUGGUCGGGGAGCGGGGAAAGUCCUUCGACCCUGGUCUCAAGGAUAAGGACUACAGCGCUCUGGGCAGAGCUCUGUCUGUCUUCUGUGUGAGCGCUCGCGCUUACCAGCACCUCUGCGGCAGACUCACAAAAGACAAGAUCAAAGUACGUGGGUUCGCGGACAAGGAAGCGACGGACAUCCCGCGUCUCCGAGAGUAUGCUCGUGCACUGUCCUCGGCGGCGAGAGUCAGCCAAUGCCGUCGCUUCCUCAGCGACCUGGCCCAGGUCAUCAAUUCGAUGCAUCUCUGGAUAGCGCCGCAAUCAAUGGAACAGCUAGGUCUCGAGGCCGAAGCCAUCCAGGAUCUUCUGGACCAAGGAAUGCAACGACUCCGUCAGUCCUUCGACGCGUCGGUUCGGGAGUGCGCCAGUUCCAUCUCCCAUUUGCUGUCGGAGCGCAUCGCCAACGGCUUCAAGAGGAGGAUUCCAGCGGCGGUAUCCAGUGCAGUCGAUAAGGCGCGAUCGUGGGGGGGACCCAAAAACCGGGGCGGGAUGGCCUUUGGGACUUACAGAGCGACAACCUGUCGAAGUGGCGUUUUCGAGAGCAGGUCUGCUGGACUCAAGAACCUCAACUUGGAUCUGCUCCAACCGAUAAUGGGGCCUCUCGCACCAUCUUAGGAAGAUGUGUUCCAGAGCCAAGUUCCCGAGAUCUUGAGCAAGUUCGCCCGGGACGCGCAGACGGCUGUGUGCGAGUUCCACGACCGCAUGUGCCAAGAGACGGGAAUCCCCCCCACCGGUGGAAUCGCCAAUCUCCUCGACAGCCAGCUACAAUUGCACAUCCAAAAGAUGGCUGAUGUGUCGGAGGUGGUCGGGGAAACUAUCACGAAGGAGCAGCGGGGGCUCAAUCGGAGCCUGGAACCCAUAGUCGUCAAGAAAAUGCGCCCUGCUUACAACGGGUGUGCUGCGGAGAGUGGAAUCGGCAUGUUUGUACGCAUGAAAUCGCUCGUGGAGAAUCAUGUCGUGUCUAUCCGAAACCAGGUGUUCAGGGCAGCUUUUAGUGCUCUAAACAGGGAUCUCGUCAAGCUGGCCCGCAGCAUCGCCUCGGCCCUCAAAGAAUCGACCGAUGAUACUCUCGUCAAGGUGCACAGAGACUACAACUCAGCCUUGCUGGAGAACCAGGCAGAGACCUUCUCAGAACUGGCAAACAUUCUCAGCCGAGUGAAUACCCGGUUCGCACAGUCCACCUUGACUAGCUCGGCUCCGGGCCUCGAAUCCGGCAGCAUCGCCAAAUAUGAGUCGGAAGACGACAAGGGUGAUUUGGGAGGUGCUGGUAUCAAGAUGGAGAACUAGGAGUGAUCUGCUCUGAAUCCCCUAGUCGAGAAUUCCCGCCAUUAUUUUCGCGUUCCCACUGCAGUUUGAUUUUAUUGCUCACCUCAUCUUCUGGGAUUAUUUGCCAUUUGUUUUUGCAUCUAAUCUUUUACCGUUUCCCUCAUCACAACAUUCUACCUGGUAUUUCUGAUUUACAUUUUGCUCCAGCGGCCCCCAUGAUCUGGGCAAGUAGCUUUUCGAGCUGUUUCGUAUCAUGGACUCCACAUUCUCUACGCCCAACCCAAUCCACGCAUGCUUAUGAUUUCUUUUAUUUUUUUUCUCGGUUUCCUUUAUGAGAUUCUCCUAAGGCUCUGAUCAACACAGUGGUCUGUAUCGCCUUGGGCUAGGGUCUGAGUUGAAUGGGGCAUCGGAUCAAACGGGUCAUUCGGGCUGGAAUAUUGACGAUCUCGCAACUGAGUACCCUGGGAGUCUUGAUACGUCCCCUCGCAGCAGAGGAGCUCUUAAUUAUUUGCCUUGCUUUCCGUAGAUCCAUAGCCAAUACAAAGCUCCUUACUCGGAAAUCUCCUGCCAGGGAGCUACUAGUAGAAGGCUGG